CGGGGAGCGCGGGGGCGGCCCGGAGCGCCCGGGGUCCCCGCGCCCCGCUCGCUCGCCGCGCUCCGAAGAUGGUGGCGGCGCCGUGCGCCCGGAGGCUGGCCCGGCGCUCGCACUCGGCGCUGCUCGCGGCGCUCACCGUGCUGCUGCUGCAGACGCUGGUCGUGUGGAAUUUCAGCAGCCUCGACUCCGGGGCCGGCGAGCGCCGCGGGGGCGCAGCGGCCGGCGGCGCAGAGCAGCCGCCCCCGGCCCCGGCCCCGCGCCGCGAGCGCCGGGACCUGCCCGCCGAGCCGGCUGCAGCCCGAGCAGGAGGCGGCGGCGGCGGCGGCGGAGGAGGAGGACGGGGGCCCCCGGCGCGGGCGCGGGGAGGCGGCCCCGGAGCACCCCGCGCGCAGCAGCCGGCCAGCCGAGGGGCACUGGCCGCGCGGGCGCUGGACCCACACCCAAGCCCUGUGAUCACCCUGGAGACCCAGGACGGCUACUUCUCUCACCGGCUGAAAGAGAAAGUGCGAACAGACAGCAACAAUGAGAAUUCGGUGCCCAAGGAUUUUGAGAACGUGGAUAACAGCAACUUUGCACCCAGGACUCAAAAGCAGAAGCACCAGCCCGAGUUGACCAAGAAACCCCCGAGGGGACCGAAGGAGCUUCUGAAGAGGAAGCUGGAGCAGGAGGAGAAGGGAAAGGGACGUCCGUCCCCGGGGAAAGGUACCAGGGAGGUGCUGCCACCCGGGGAGAGAGCCGCGGUGAACGACAGCCUCAGGAAGGAUGCCCCCAGACAGCCCCACACCCGGAAGAGCGCAGCCAGCUCCCCUGAGAUCAAGCCUGAGCAGCCCCUCAAGUGUGACAUCUCGGGCAAGGAGGCCAUCUCCGCCCUGUCCCGCUCCAAGUCCAAGCACUGCCGCCAGGAGAUCGCGGAGACCUACUGCCGCCACAAGCUGGGGCUGCUGAUGCCAGAGAAGGUCACUCGGUUCUGCCCCCUGGAAGGCAAAGCCAACAAGAACAUCCAGUGGGAUGAAGACUCAGUGGAGUACAUGCUGGCCAACCCGGUCAGAAUCGCCUUCGUGCUGGUGGUCCACGGCCGCGCCUCUCGGCAGCUGCAGCGCAUGUUCAAGGCCAUCUACCACAAGGACCACUUCUACUACAUCCACGUGGACAAGCGCGCCAAUUACCUGCAUCGUCAAGUGCUCCAGUUCGCCAGGCAGUACGGCAACGUCCGCGUCACCCCCUGGAGGAUGGCCACCAUCUGGGGGGGAGCCAGCCUCCUGUCCACGUACCUGCAGAGCAUGCGGGACCUCCUGGAGAUGGCCGACUGGCCCUGGGACUUCUUCAUCAACCUCAGUGCAGCCGACUACCCCAUCAGGACAAAUGACCAGCUGGUGGCAUUUCUCUCCCGAUACCGAGAUAUGAAUUUCUUGAAGUCACAUGGCCGGGACAAUGCAAGGUUCAUCCGGAAACAGGGCCUGGACCGGCUCUUCCUGGAGUGUGACGCCCACAUGUGGCGCCUGGGGGACCGCCGGAUCCCAGAGGGCAUUGCCGUGGAUGGCGGCUCAGACUGGUUCCUGCUAAACCGGAAGUUUGUAGAGUACGUGACGUUCUCCACAGACGAUCUGGUGACCAAAAUGAAGCAAUUCUACUCCUACACCCUGCUUCCUGCCGAGUCCUUCUUCCACACGGUCCUGGAGAACAGCCCCCACUGCGACACCAUGGUGGACAACAACCUGCGCAUCACCAACUGGAACCGCAAGCUGGGCUGCAAGUGCCAGUACAAACACAUCGUGGACUGGUGCGGCUGCUCCCCCAAUGACUUCAAGCCGCAGGACUUCCACCGCUUCCAGCAGACAGCCCGGCCCACCUUCUUUGCCCGCAAGUUUGAAGCCGUGGUGAAUCAGGAAAUCAUCGGGCAGCUGGACUAUUACUUGUACGGGAACUACCCCGCGGGCACCCCGGGCCUCCGCUCCUACUGGGAGAACGUCUACGAUGAGCCUGAUGGCAUCCACAGCCUGAGUGACGUGACACUGACCUUGUACCAUUCCUUUUCCCGCCUGGGUCUCCGCCGGGCUGAGGCGUCACUGCACGCCACUGGGGAGAACAGCUGCAGGUACUAUCCAAUGGGCCACCCAGCCUCUGUCCACCUCUACUUCCUUGCUGACCGUUUCCAGGGCUUUCUGAUCAAGCAUCAUGCUACCAAUCUGGCCGUGAGCAAACUCGAGACCCUGGAGACGUGGGUGAUGCCGAAGAAAGUCUUCAAGAUUGCCAGCCCACCCAGCGACUUUGGGAGGCUUCAGUUUUCCGAGGUCGGCACUGACUGGGAUGCCAAGGAGCGGCUCUUCCGCAACUUUGGGGGUCUUCUGGGGCCCAUGGACGAGCCAGUAGGCAUGCAGAAAUGGGGGAAGGGCCCCAACGUGACUGUGACUGUCAUCUGGGUGGAUCCCGUCAACAUCAUCGCAGCCACCUACGACAUCCUGAUUGAGUCCACUGCCGAAUUCACCCACUACAAGCCCCCUUUGAACUUGCCCCUGAGGCCCGGCGUCUGGACAGUGAAAAUUCUCCACCACUGGGUGCCAGUCGCAGAAACCAAAUUCCUUGUCGCGCCUCUGACCUUCUCAAACAGGCAGCCCAUCAAACCAGAGGAGGCACUGAGGCUGCACAACGGGCCCCUCCGCAGCGCCUACAUGGAGCAGAGCUUCCAGAGCCUGAACCCCGUCCUCAGCCUGCCCAUCAGCCCCGCCCAGGUGGAGCAGGCCCGGAGGAACGCGGCCUCCGCCGGCGCCGCGCUGGAGCACUGGCUGGACUCCCUGGUGGGCGGGAUGUGGACCGCCAUGGACAUCUGUACCACAGGCCCCACCGCCUGUCCCGUCAUGCAGACCUGCAGCCAGACAGCCUGGAGCUCCUUCAGCCCCGACCCCAAGUCAGAGCUGGGCGCGGUCAAACCCGACGGCCGGCUCAGGUAGCACUGGGCACGUGGGGGCCCCAGCGGAUCUCAAAGGGAAAGCAGCCAGAGGGCCAGUGGGACCUGCGCCCUGGCCUCCCCCCGCCCGGGGGUGCCUUUUGUGAGGGGGCUCUCCUGGCCAUAGAAUGAUGGAGAGGGAAGGUUUGGAGGCCAAGGCAGGUUCUGCCAACCUCCUGCACUCGGCAGGCGGUUGCUGGGGGCGGGGAUGGCUCAGUCCCAGCACCGUGGUGGUCUUACCUCUUCUGCUUGAUCCUCGAGUCCUGCAGGUUCCUUGUCUUCCCCCUCAAUGACCUGAGCCCCCAGACAAGUGAUUCCCAAACUUUUAUUUUGAGCAGCAGAGCUUUGUUUACUAAGUCGUUGGUGGAGGUUCAAGGGGGCGGUUGAAGUUCAGGCUGCUCUGGUUGCAGCUGAGUGUGCGAGCUUCUUUCUCAAAACCCAGCCCACCAGGCAGUCCCCUUGCCAAGGGCAUCUCCUAAGGUACCUCUUUAGAACCCAAGGGCUCUGCAAAACCUAGAUUGAAAAGCACUGCCCAGAGGGUGGGUUUGAUCUCCGGCCCCGCCCUUCAGCUCCUCUUCCUGCUCCUCUGGGCCAGGAAACCCUUGUGCCAGCCGUGAAGUGACGGGAUGUGAGAGUCACGCUCGUGGGCCCGUCCCCAGGGAGGUAGCGGGCUUGGCAGGGCCUUCCACCAGCCCUUCGUGGGUUCAGACAUCCUCCUUAGUGACUAGAUGAGCAGGUGAGUGUCACGGCCAAGGUCCACCCCAAGGGUGGCUGCCAGAUGUCCUGGGCUCCAGGCCACCCUCCCUUGAGGCAGAAAUGGGCUGACGCUCACAAGCCUGAGGGUCAAGCCCCCAGACCUUCAAGGGCCAGGAGACCAAGACCAUGACCCCCGCUGGGGUUUGACAGUGGGAGCUUUGGGGACCGUGGCCGUGAAACUCAUAGAGAUCACUGGGAGCAAAACUCCUGAGCUGGACAGCACAGCAAUAUACCCGUCACCUGCCUGAGCCCUUCGUUCUGAGCCAGGCACUCGGACCCUUUGUGAAUCGCGUACUUGGUGCUGCUGGGAGCGACCAAACCGCACGGAACAGACUUUUCACAGCCAGGAAACAGCAUUUCAGAUUUGGUUUUUAAAUUCAUGCCCUUUCUUAUCCAAGGUGCCAACAGGCCCCUCUGACAUGCAACGCAGGAGUGGGAAGCUUGGAUAUCUGGUUGUUUAAAACCUAGGAUAGUGUUAUUCAAAUUGCUUGAGUUACUAGAAACCCAGAGGGUUUCCUUGCCGUGUGCCCAUCGGAGGGCCGCCCUGCUCAUCCAGAGACCCCUCCCCGGGGGCCCCCUCCUCCGCUGACCCCACCCUCCCUCCAAGGACAGGGUUCUCUUGCAAAAGUCCUUCCCGUGGAGAGCUGGUCCUUGUCAGAUUUCUCUCCAGCGUGGGUUUGAAGGUACUGCUGUUUGCUCCCAGUGACCUGUCAGCUGUCACCCCGCCCAGCCCAGCAAGGCAGGACGUCCUGUGGGCCGUGGAGGAUAUAGAGAAGGGACACUUUAGAUAUUUAUUAUUUAUAUGUUUUAGUCAAUGACUAAUUAGUAGGUGCUGUUUUUGCAGCUUGUCAAUUACGUUAUCUUACUAACUGAAGCUGCCUUUAUUCAGAAAAGGCCCCCUCCCCCAGCCUUUCCACCCCCUCCCCCGCAUCCCCCAGCCCCGUGUAUCUGACUCUUUCUGCCUCUCUCCCGCUUUGUCUAUUAUCUAUCUAUCUAUUUACCUAUCUAUCUAUAUCUGUAUCUCCGUCUCUGUCUGCCCUGCAUUCUCUGUGUCCUCAGUGGAAAGCAGGGGACUUGGACACCAUGAGGGGAGCGCCUCAACCGGCAUCGUCCACUGGCUGAAAGUGGGGUGCCCUUGGGAACACGGGCACCUCACUUUUCCCCAUGCAGGGUGUUAGCCUCCCCCAGCCCUCCAGCUCUGGGGGUGUGGGAUUUCAUGAGCCAUCCCCGCCACGGGGAUGCCACAGGCCGGUGGCUUGUGGAGGGAGACUCUGCCGGCCGCAGCACCUGGGCCCUCCCUGCUUCCUCCAUCACUGCCCUCCCGCGGCCAGUCUAACGGUGGGCCUCCGCGUGACCAGAUGACAGAGGGAAAACAGGCUCCUUCCACGCCCUGGAAGAAAAUAGAUUUAUUUUAGGAAGACCGUGGGGAGUCAGACCUGGCUAGGAGAGCCCAGGAACCAGCCCAGUGCUUCCAGGGACCUCGGCGUGGCUCAGAAAGCCCACAUGAGUUCCACACGGUUUCACAAGCUCUAUGGGAGCCAAGAGGCCCACGUCACAUCCUCUUUCUACCCCCAGCCUCUGCCUCUGGCCAGGGUCCCCCUGAGCCUGUGGAAGCUGCCUGGGGAGAUGCCCUUUCACCCUCCUCACCAGGCCACGAGGGCCCUGUGUAUCAUUUGUGAUGGCUUUGGGGGUGCUGCCCUGUCGCUCCCUGCACACCCACGAGCCUGCAGGCUCCUGGGCGGGGCCCCUCCUGCACCCUGACAUUGUGGAUGCCUGUUCUGUCCGGAACAAGUGGGGAAGAGGCAGAGCCGGCUGACUCUGGAGAAGGGCCACCCUUCCCCGGCCCAGACCUCGCUCCCUACUCACCUCCAGGAGAUUGGGAAGCUGAGCAGCCUCACAAGAGGUUCUGCAAAAUCCUCUGUUUUUGAGCCAGAGAAUCACUUUGAAGAUGUUACAUUUGGCUUUAAGGAAAAAAGGGAGAAUUUCAAACAAAGCCCACGAUGAUUUGAGCAAAGGUGAUGUUUUCCCAGGGGAGAUAGUUUAACUCAUUUUCGUAACGUACCUGGGAAUGAUUUAUUAGUUAGAGGCCAUGGGUCAGGCAGCCUUGAGCUCUGGCUGCCUGAGGGUUUCAAAACUUGAGAACGUGGCCUCUGGAAACCCCAUUAGAGAAGCAGAGCGACUGUGGGCUGAGUCACUGACCAGGUCCCUGGCCUUCAGGAGGCCGUAGAGGCACGAUGUGGGUUUGGGGGAGAAGGACGCAUUGAAUACACUGUGACACUCUGUCCAGUUUCCCACUCAUCCCUGUGACGUUCAGGCAGAAACCAUGCUCAGGAGGCAGACACAACAGUCCCGCUUCCCGGGCCGGGUACCAAGCGGUCUGUCUCCAAGGAGGGUGUGAGAAGUUCCCAGGACCCCCUCGUUCUAAGGAGCGCAUGUGCUCCUUGCUUUGGAAAAAGGGCGUUCUGAUCUGAUCAGGAGUCAUUCCAACUUCAUUUGCCAUUGUUAGUUUAACUUUCAAAAUGCCAGUGGAGUUGAGAGAGGAUGGGCAAGCCCCCCAAAAUGGGCAGAUUACAGCUGCUCUGGGCAUAUGCUGUGAUUGGGGGGGACCGUGCUUCCUCCUGGUCUCCAGUUUGCAGGUGCAAGGAGGACCCUGGCUGGAACCUUGAUCUCUUUGCCAAGAGGGUGCAGGAGAGAAGCGAAUGGUAGCUGCUGGGUGUGGGGUCUGAGCAGAGACCCCUUUCAUAGCCAAGUUCACUGGGGACUCAGGACAAGCUCCUCGAGCAGCACCCAAGGAGGAUAUACUAGAAACAGCUGCUGGCCAAGGCCCGCCAGGUCGAAGCCACCCCCUCUGGCAGGGGUCACAAGUGGCUCUGGGGUCCAGGACCCUAGCAAGGAUGAGGGAAGCAGUUGGUGUAAGACAUUACGGAGCAGUGAGGACUGUGGUCUGCUCAGCUCCAGCCUGAGUUUGUGUGAGAAUACAGGCACGGUGCAGCAGAAUCAUCUAAUUUGGUAAGGUAAGCCGGAUAUCCAUAUUUUUAUAGGAAAUCUGAUUUUGAAGUGUUGACAUUUCUUUUUUUUUUCUUACCAGAGUGUAGGCGAAGAGAACCUUCAGAGUUCAGCCUGUGCACUGCCAGCAACCUCUGCUCUCUGGAGUGGUGGUUUAAAAGGAGGUCAGACAUUGUCCCGGUGGAGGGGGUAAAAGCCCACAUUAGGAAGGGGCAAAAAUAACAGCUUAUUUUGGACUCUGAAGGGAAUGGGGACCUCUUACUAGUCUUUCCCAUCCCAAAGAAAUGGUCCCUCCGAGGAGAAGUGCCCCACGAGAACUGGCUUGUUCAGCUUUCCUGGUCCCAAGAUAGUUUGUACUUGAAGGAAAGAUGGAACAGAAUUUGCAGACCUCAAGAGCUGCCCCUUAGACAUAAGGAGGUCCGCACUGGCCCGAUCCCCACCUUCCAGAAUUCCAUCAUCCCAGGUGGAGGUGUCCAGGACAGUGUUCAUGAGGAGAGGCUGGCAUGUCACACAGCCCGGCUCUCUCCAGAUCCCAGGUUUUAGCAGCCAUCUUGCCACACGUCCAGAAGCAUCUUCGGAAGCUGUGCUCACCGGAGGUCCUCUCUGCUUCUGCCUCACUUACCUUACUUUGCCCAUGGGUCAACCACAGGCGCUACCUCAUGUGUCUGCUGAGAAGUUUACCGGGGUGGGGGGGGGGGGGGGAAUAAAGGUGUCCAAAAUCUGCUGGAGCUGAAUGUACAAUCUAUGCAAAUUCUCUGUCUCUCUGUCUCUCCCUCUCUGUCUAUCUCUCUCUCUCUCUGUGUGUCUCUCUCAGAAGUGUUAUUUUUUUUACCUGGCAAACAAGAUACUGUACAGACCCCUCUUAAGACUGAGGAGGGCUUUCGCGCGCCACCUGUGUCUACCCCUCACGUUGUCGUUGGAUCUGUCCUUGCCAAGCCCCAGGCAGGGAGAAAGUAGCCCUCUCUCCCCCUCCCCUUGGCUGGGAAUACUCCAACCGCCUCUGCCUACAGACCCCACAGGAAAGCAGGUUCUGCACCUUGCCACCUCCGUUCCUAACUCCAUCCUUUCCAUUCGUCAUUCGCCUCCCUUAUCCUCCCCUUUCCCCACCCCCAAAAAAGCCUUAGGUUUCUCCUUUUUGAAAUGUGGCCUUAAAAUUAUUUUUGGAAAGCUGACCGCCCUCUCCCUCCCCUUUCCACCAACAUCCGAGAAGAAAGAGCAUCUUGAAGCUUUCAGGGCAACCUCCUAAGCCAGGGGCUGCCAAUCUGUAGCUUGCAGAUGUGAUAGAAAUGGUGUUGUCUUGAAGAAAAAUAUUCUUCUAUUUUUCCUAUGGGUAAAAUGAAGGCUUGGGUACUCAUCUAAACCUCAGCCGACUCCUGAUGCACUCUCCUAGAGCGCAUUGCCUCUGUGAUGGGCUGGCUUAAUUACCUGCAGAAUGCCAGCGUGGGCUUUCCAACCCUCCCCUCCCCCGAAGACUUGGUGACUUUAUGUACUUCAUUCAAGGGUAAGUCGGGAGAAUUUCUCAAUUUAUCUCUUCGUCCUUCCUGCCUGGAAAGUGAUAGCAUUAAAUAUUCCCCGCGGAUGGGUCGUGUUCUCAAAGGGAUCACACUCUCCCUACUUUCAGAGUCCCUCCUUUCCCUGCCAUCGCUCCAGGGCUGAUGGAGGCCAAAGACAACCCCAGGGUUUUCAUAGGAAAUUCACUGGAAUUGAGCGCAAUCAUCUUUGUCGUCCUUUGUCUUUUUUUUUUUUUUUUAAUAUGAUCAUGUUGUCAAUAGCAUUUGGGUAUUUUUUUAGAGGCCUCACGAUAAGUUAUUACCGUCCCCCUCAUUGUUUUUCAAAGACAUGUGGUGAUAUAGUUUUUAAAAAUAACUAUUUUGUUAUAGAUCAUAAUAUGCAUAAAACUGUACAGAAAUAUUUUGUAAUGUAUUGGUUUUAAAAAAAAGAAUCUGUAAAUAAAGUUUUAAAAAAAAGAGAGAAUUCAAAUGGCACACACUGAAAGAUGUAGAUAUUUUGCUAUUUAUUUAAAGGAGUAUUUUAAGAGAUAUUGAACUAUCUGAAAUUGACCAGUAAUCAAAGUUCCAAUCAUCCGAAUGCUUUUCCUCUUGGUAGAAUGUGAUUCUUGGAAACAAUUGCACUACCCGUCCAUUUUUGCACCUUUUCUGUCUUUUCAUUUUGCAGAAAAACAACAACGAAAUUGUGCCUUAGCUGUAUUUUUUUGUCUAGGGGAGUUUGUUUCUGUCUGACAAAGCAAAAUUUUUUUGCAGAAAACAGUGGAUGUAUUGAAUACUGUAUCAUACCAAAAACACUGCAGGUGUAUAUAGAUGCUUUCUGUCAUACUUUGUUUUCAGAUGCAGAAUUUUAAAAUAAAAAAAAAAUACU